AUGCCUGAGUUCCAAGAAUACCUUGAAAAUGUGCUAAUCAAUUGCAAUAGGAGAGACCACGAGCAGGUAAAGCUAGGAUUAUCCGAACUAGACGAAUUAUUAACAAAGCUUUGCGUUCUUAAAUAUGAUGAACUGACCUAUGAGCCAAGCGCAGUGAGGAAAACUGGAAAUUCGUCAUCUAUUGUUGAACGACAGGCAACUUUAAGUGAGAGUGGCUUGGCGAACAGUUUAGAGAGUCAUUAUCAACGGAGGUGGAAACUACCCAAAGUUGGCGAUGUGGUGUUCGGAGAAUUCUUGACUCUCCAAGACAAAGUACAAUAUAAUGUGGUGUCGCAACUCAUCCAAAUUAUCCCGUUUGUUAGUACAUUCAAGGAAAAUGAGUCACUUAGGGUACUUUUCAGGAUUUUGCAAGGCUGUUUUCUCCUUCAUCCUCCAUCUCGCAAUCUUAUCACAUACGAGUCCAAAAUGUGGGUUUUAUUGGAAUUUCUCAGCCCAAGAUAUAGCCCACAGGUCAUCGAAGCUCUUAUACCUGUUCUUGUGAGUUCACUUGUUCGGAAUGUUCCAAACAUUAGAAUUUUUGAACGGUUGGGUGGCCCGCAAUACCUAUGUGAAUUGCUAACACAUAAGUCUGACGUUGCAAGUUUGGCCCGUGAAUGGAAAGAAGUACAAGUGAAAGUGCUGGAGUUUCUAUUCUUUUAUCUGAUCCCAGAGUCUCAAAGUUUGGAGCCAAAAUCCUCGUUCAGGCGUCCAGUCGCAUCUAAGAACGAAAAGUUAAGUAAUGUAAAAAAUCACGAGGAUGGGCACCGAAGGAAAGGCACAAAUGAAAAAGCUACAAUACUCAAUAGAUAUCUGAAUGGAGAAAUUACCAAAGGGUUAGUGACUGAAUUGCAGACCAGCAAGCCUUUUGGUGAAAUGAACAUAGAAUGGUGA